UGACAGCCCAGGCCGUGCUGGCCUUGUGUGUGGGACUGCGGCCGGCCACCCUGUAAAUAGCAGCCAUGAGCUCCCAGGCUCAGUGUCCUUGUGGGUCCCCGAGGGUCAGGACGCCCCUUCGCCUGGUGUGUGCCGCAGGAGCCAGUGUCCUGCCAGCACGCAUGAUGAGGAGGGAUCUGGCCCUCAUCGGCCUGGCCUUCCUGUGGCUGGUCCCGUCUGGAGACGCUCAGCAGACGGCAGACGACGCCUGCUCCGUGCAGAUCCUCGUCCCGGGUCUCAAAGGGGAUGCUGGAGAGAAGGGAGACAAAGGCGCACCAGGACGGCCUGGAAGAGUGGGCCCCACGGGAGAAAAAGGAGACAUGGGGGACAAAGGACAGAAGGGCAGUGUGGGCCGCCAUGGAAAAAUCGGUCCCAUUGGAUCUAAAGGUGAAAAAGGAGAUUCUGGUGACAUAGGACCCCCUGGCCCUAACGGAGAACCUGGCGUCCCGUGCGAGUGCAGCCAGCUGCGGAAAGCCAUCGGGGAGAUGGAUAACCAGGUCACCCAGCUGACCACUGAGUUAAAAUUCAUAAAAAAUGCACUGCCCUCCCCCGCAGCUGUUGCCGGUGUGCGCGAGACGGAGAGUAAGAUCUACCUGCUGGUGAAGGAGGAGAAGAGGUAUGUGGACGCGCAGCUGUCCUGCCAGGGCCGCGGAGGCUCACUCGGCAUGCCCAAGGACGAGGCCACCAACAGCCUGAUGGCAGCCUACAUCGCCCAGGCGGGCUUGGCCCGCGUCUUCAUUGGGAUCAAUGACCUGGAGCGCGAGGGCACCUUCGUCUACUCGGACCGCUCCCCCAUGCAGACCUUCCACAAGUGGCGCAGCGGCGAGCCCAACAACGCCUACGAGGAUGAGGACUGCGUGGAGAUGGAGGCGUCGGGCGGCUGGAACGACGUGGCCUGCCACAUCACCAUGCACUUCAUGUGUGAGUUUGACAAGGAGCACGUGUGACGCGGGCCGGUCCCCCCGGCCAGGGCGUCCCCACCUGCCGCCAACGGCCGUCUUCUCUGAACCUUGGGAAGUGGGGUCUGCUUAGGAGGAAGCGUCUCUGGAGCAUCCUUUUUGAAGAAGUAGUUUUAUUACUCGUAUUGUAGCCAAAAUGUUCAUUAUGUCACAAUUACGCAGAACUGCUCUUGCCUGUUUCCAAACUAUAAAGCGAAAUCCUUCGUAGGACACCAGUUAAGCACGACAGCAGUAGUGUGGUCUUAUGUUACUGUCCUUCUUUUAACUUCUAUAGGAAAAGAACCCACUCGUGACAACACUGACCAGUGUUUCUGGCAUUUAUAUUAAAAUACACAUUCCUUCUCACUAUUAGCCAAAUAGGAAUAAUUUUGCUUUUCCGCAAACACAGAUUUCAGGAAAAACAAAAAUAAACAUGCCAAACUGACA